UACUUUUUCGAUAAGAUCAGAGACACACAGCUAUAAUACAAGAUACGCUAAUGAUAUAUCAUUACCGCAAUCUAGGAUCGCCAUGACACAAAACAAUAAGAUUAAUGUGUCGCUUUACAAUAACUUUGUUAGAUAUCAUAAGCGGUCCAAUAUUGAGAAGAUGUCUAACAAACAGUUCUCUAGGUUCGUCAAAAACUAUUUGUUAAAAAACUGUUUCUAUACUGUAAGUGAAUAUUUAAGUGCUGUAAGUGAAUAUUUAAGUGCAUGUGAUCCUAGUGAUCAGUGAUCGUGUGUAGAGCAAGAAGACAGACUGUAUAAACUUUAUCUAGUUUGUGACCUCAAAC